GUGUGUGUGUGUCAGUAACUGUGUGUGUGUAUCAGUAACAGUGUGUGUGUGUGUGUGUGUGUGUAUCAGUAAGUGUGUGUGUGUGUGUGUGUGUGUGUCAGUAACUGUGUGUGUGUAUCAGUAACAGUGUGUGUGUGUGUGUGUGUAUCAGUAACAGUGUGUGUGUGUGUGUGUGUCAGUAACUGUGUGUGUAUCAGUAACAGUGUGUGUGUGUUUGCAAACCUUAUAAUGUGGGGACAUUAACCUGAAUACACACCAAUAAGGUGGGGACCUGUGUGAAUGUGGGGACCUAAAAUCGAGUCCCCACAAUAUUAAGCGUGGCAACAUGUUUAUCUCAUCGAUAUAAGCCACCCCACCAAAAAUCUCGUUAGUCCCCAUCAUUGACAUUUACCCGCAAAAAGUGUGCGAGUGUAUCAGCUGGAUUUGCUCAGAGUGUGUACACUCCCUCUAUGGCCCCAGACUGUAAAAACAACCGAGCUUGCACACUUGAUGACGUAUACAGCAAUGCUGAGCUCUGAUUGGUUGAGCCAGAAGUAAACCCCGCCCCAGCCACAGAGCGCUGAUUGGUUGCUAUCUGUUUUGACCAAUGGGAGUUCAGCUCAAUCACUAGCCCUCUGAACCAAUGAGGAAGUCUUUUGUUUUUGAGGCGGGUCUUUUGUUGUCACAGGUUUAGCUUGUUAAAUAGCACAGCAUCCAAAGUUUGUAAGGUAAUAUUUUCCAUGAGAUUAAAUUAAAUUAAAAUCUAAUAUCACUAAAAUACUUUAAAUAAACUGUUACAGUAUAAUUACAGUAAUAUAUUUUUAAUUUAUUGUAUUAAGUUAUGUUCCCAGUAUAGCUAAUGUUAUUAAGCUACUAGUUAAAUGCCCUCUGUCCCCAUAUAAGUCCAUUUAUUUUGCUAAUGCUAGAUUGUUUAUGAAAAUUCAAUGUAUGUUUCAUAGAGAUUCCUACAGAAUUGGUGAAGUCCAGAUACCUUUAAUAAAGGUUAAAAAAGUGUUCUGAAAAUGCGUCGGAGGAAAAGCCCAACAAAUGAUGCUAUUUUUCACAUCACCACCUGUUGUGAUAAAGCAGGUCUUGAUGUAAAUUACAUUAAUUCAGUGAAAGGUGAGCAAACCAGAUUAAUGCAUUUCGAAUUUAUCCGUGUUAAAAUAGUCAGGUUAGUUCGCACGCUUUCUCAUUCUUAAGGCAGAGGAGUGUUUACUUUAGUGGCCUUCACUAAAGGAGAGUUCGUGCUGGAAUAUAGAGGAGACCUGAUCAGUUCUGAGGAAAGUCAAAGAAGACAACAAAUUUACCACAACAAGCUAAAAGGAUUCAUGUUUGACUUCAAGUGGCAUGGAAAAUUCUGGACUAUUGAUGCUGCAAGGGAUGAUGGCACACUUGGAAGGCUGGUUAAUGAUGACCACAUUAACCCCAACUGCAAAAUGAAAAGAAUCAUUGUGGAAGGAAAGCCUCAUUUGUGCCUUUUUGCUUUAAGAGACAUACUACCUGGAGAGGAGGUUACGUAUAAUUACGGAGAUGGAGAUUAUGCUUGGAGGAUUGAGGUGACAAACAGUGGAACAGAAGUGGACACUGGUCAUGUGGAAUCAGCCAGCACCUCUGGAGAUGAUCCCCUUUACACCCAGCAUUCCGAGAAUAAGUCAGCUUUCAGUACAGAGGUAUGA